AUGGGGAAGAAAUGCGUUCACAAAGGCUGCGGCAAGACGUAUGAGGACGAGAAUGAAGAGUGCAUCUACCACCCGGGUCCACCUGUCUUCCACGAGGGGCAGAAAGGCUGGAAAUGUUGCAAACCUCGCGUUCUUACCUUUGACGAAUUCCUCGCAAUCGAGCCUUGCACAACGGGCAAGCACUCGGAUGUAGACGACACACCCGCGCCGGAACCAGUCACAGCUCCCGACGUCCCCAAUGGUACACAAGUCAAUCUUGGGUCGCUAGAAGAAUCUCUGCCUGCGCCUGCUCCCCGGUUGCCUACCGCUCAAGCUGCGCCCAAGCCGACAGCCUCGCUCGCUCCCCCGCCGGAGUCCGAAGAUGACGACCCAAGUGUAGUGCUGAAGGAGGGUAUGACAUGUAGGAGGAAAGGCUGUGGAGCAGUUCAUAAAGGAGGUAAUAGGGAAGGCGAGAGUUGCGUGCAUCACCCUGGCGCUCCCAUUUUCCACGAAGGCAGCAAAGGCUGGAGUUGCUGUAAGAGGAGGGUAUUGGAGUUUGAUCAGUUUAUGAAUAUCGAGGGAUGCAAGACAAAAGACAGGCAUCUGUUUGUGGGCAGUGGUAAGAAGAAGGAGGGCGAAGAAAAGCUGGAUACUGUCCGACAUGACUUUUACCAAACCGCAACGUCUGUUGUUGCAUCGCUAUAUCUCAAAAAGAUCGACAAGUCCACGGCAGUCGUCGACUUCCAGCUUAAUCAUGUGAAGCUGGAUUUGCCUACGACGGAUAGCAAGCGUUACCAGACAGAAUUCCCCUUAUUCGCAAGCAUCAAGCCCGAAGAGAGCAAGUUCAGGAUUCUAGGCACAAAGCUUGAGAUGACACUAGCCAAGGCUGAUGGUACAAGCUGGCCAGUCUUGAGGAGUGAUGAUAAACCUACUGGUGAGAUGAUCCAGGUGGGGAGGGCUGGAAGAGCAUAGAUGGAGUUGCGCAAUGUCAUGACGAGAUACCAGACAAUCAUAGUCACGUAAAUACACCAAUGAAGUAACGAUAGCCCAGACA